AUGUCGAAGAUUAACCUACUUGCCACCAGAAAUCAAAUCAAGAUUCGGAAAGCAAUGAGUAAGAGAAGCAUCAGACAGGUGAAAGCUGCAGUGGCAAAUGGACACACGAAUGGCAAAGUUUCAGCGCCGCCUUUAGCCCUACCAACUGAGUUCAUCUCUUAUCAUGAUGCUCACUUUAUUAAGGCUGUUGAGCAUCUUCUGAAAAUUGACAAUACCCUUUAUGACUCAGUGGUUCAAGGCCCAUUUGAGAGAUUUAAAAAAAAGAGGCAGAUCCUGUUGCCAAUGAUUUGGGCUACUACUUCAGCUGGGGGAGAAUUAACCCAAUACAGAUUGGUGGCAGAAGAAGACGCUACGGUAAUGCGUGGGUUAGGGUUAUCCGCCAGAAAAGUUCAAUAUACGAAGGACAUUGCAAGAGCUUUUAUUGAAGAAGAAGACAGUCUUUUGGAGUUCUUCUUCGAAUGCUCAGAGGAGGAGUUGUUUAAGAAGAUGAUUGCGUGGAAAGGUAUUGGACCAUGGUCGGUGACUAUGUUUUCAGUGUUCUCUUUGAACAAAAUGGACUGUUUCACUGUCCUGGACUUAGGAGUAGUUAGAGGAGCCUCCAAGUAUCUUCAGGCAAGACCUGAACUCCUAGCAGAAUUGAAAGACGAAGUAGCACAGCUGGAGAAGACAAAGAAAAAAAAGGCAAAAAAACAGGCCGUUUCAUCCAACAAGAAAUGGAUUGCGGUUGAUGAACAGAUUAUAGAACGUUUAGCUGAAAGGUUCCAACCAUAUCGCACAGCUUUAAUGGUUAUGUUUUGGAGAAUUGGCAGUGUUGACUUGCAAGUACUAGAAAGCUAA